CAUGAACAACACUUCGUCAGAAUCGUCCUUGUUGCCUAUAAAGAUCAGUUAUCGCUCCACUCAAUAUCGCCUUUUCGUAGAAAAAUCUUGUAAAGUAUUGGAGUUGAAAAGAAAGAUAAGAGAACUAGUGGAUAUACAAGUACCUAUUUUAACUCUGUUGGUUGCUGGAAAGAAGCUUCAAGACGACCAACAACAACUUGUUUCAUUCUUCAACCAACAGAAAGGAGAGUUGCACAUACUGGUUUUAGCAAGUUCCUCAGAAGCUGUGCAACAAAUACAACAAUCUAAAAGUGACCCUUUGAUGAGACCUUUGGAGCAACAAAAGUCUAUAAAUAGGCUUCCAUCAAGAAGGAGAGACUCUAAACGUAUGUUUUGUGAAGUAGUUUCAUUGGAAGGUUUUUUAGAUAAACAAAGAGCACAGGAAAUACUUGAACGCUUAGCCAGUGAGCGCGGUGUAUUAACGGUGGUGGAGAAAUACAACUUGUCAAUUACUCGUAUCAAAGAGAUGUAUCCUUGUGGAAAAGUAGGAAUAGACCCUAUAUGUGUUUUAGGGUUGAACAAAGGAAACGAAAUACAACUUAGACUUCGAACGGACGAUUUGCAAGGUUUCCGAAGUUAUGAUAGAAUUCUAAAAGUACUGUUCCACGAGUUGGCACACUGUAGAUAUGGAAAACAUAAUAGAGAGUUCUAUGCCUUUAUGAACCAGCUUGAAAAAGAAGCGGAAGCAGCAGACUGGACAAAACAUGGUGGAAGAAGAUUACUGGACAGUGUGGCUAGUGAAGUGCAGCAAGUAACAACAGAAGAGUCCUCUCGAGGAUUAUUGGGUUAUAAUGGAGCUUUGGGUGGGAAACCGAGAAGGAAAAGUCCUCGUGAAGCUGCAGCAGAAGCAGCAAAACUGCGGAUGAAUAAAGCAAGUCAGUGUAUGGAAAGAAAGAAGAAUGAUGAUUCAGUUGAAGAUGACGAAACUUUAUCUGACAACAAUAUCUGAAAAUAACAUGUAUAAUAGGUUCAUAUUCUUCCAAAGAUAGGAAAGAAGGAAAGUUUGAUGUUUGGAAAUAGUUGUAUAACAUGUUGUUGGUAAAGAGUGAAUAUGAAUUGUUGAGUUUUCCUAUUUUUAUACGAAAGCCUUGCAAUAACAUAAAUUCAAAUGAUUUCUUAUAGUUGGAAAACCAAAACCACAACUUUCCAUUCUUAGAUCGAGAAUGGAUUUGUUGUGAACGAGUGGGUUGGUUUAUCACGUUUCCAUUUGAGAGUUGUGUAAACGGUUAGUUUGUAUUCGCUAUGACGGGUUUAUUAAGACCCAAUAUCUUGCGACCAAAACUAUAGAUUUCUGAAUAAUAUAUGUCGGUUUGCUAGG